GCCGCUGCCGCCGCCGCCGCCGCCGCCGCCGCCGCCGCCGCCACCGCGCGCUACUCCAUGGACAGCCUGAGCUCGGAGCGCUACUACCUCCAGUCCCCCGGGCCUCAGGGCUCCGAGCUGGCCGCGCCCUGCUCGCUCUUCCCCUACCAGGCGGCGGCAGGAGCGCCCCACGGAUCCGUGUACCCUGCUCCCAACGGGGCGCGCUACCCCUACGGCUCCAUGCUGCCCCCCGGCGGCUUCCCCGCGGCUGUGUGCCCACCUGGGAGGGCACAGUUCGGCCCGGGAGCCGGCGCGAGUAGCGGAGCGGGCGCGGGCGGCGGCGGCGGGGCAGGCGGCCCGGGGGCCUAUCAGUACAGCCAGGGGGCUCCGCUCUAUGGGCCGUACCCUGGGGCGGCAGCUGCGGGGUCCUGCGGAGGAUUGGGGGCGUUGGGGGUUCCUGGUUCCGGCUUUCGUGCCCACGUCUACCUGUGCAACCGGCCUCUGUGGCUCAAAUUCCACCGCCACCAAACCGAGAUGAUCAUUACGAAACAGGGCAGGCGCAUGUUUCCUUUCUUGAGCUUCAACAUAAACGGACUCAAUCCCACGGCCCACUACAACGUGUUUGUAGAGGUAGUGCUGGCGGACCCCAACCACUGGCGAUUCCAGGGGGGCAAGUGGGUGACCUGCGGCAAAGCGGACAAUAACAUGCAGGGCAACAAAAUGUAUGUUCACCCAGAGUCUCCUAAUACUGGUUCCCACUGGAUGAGACAGGAGAUUUCCUUUGGGAAAUUAAAACUCACCAAUAACAAAGGCGCAAAUAACAACAACACCCAGAUGAUAGUGUUGCAGUCUUUACACAAGUACCAACCCCGACUGCACAUUGUUGAGGUGACAGAGGAUGGCGUGGAGGACCUGAACGAGCCCUCAAAGACUCAGACCUUUACCUUCUCUGAAACGCAGUUCAUUGCGGUGACUGCCUACCAAAACACCGAUAUAACUCAACUAAAGAUUGAUCAUAACCCCUUUGCAAAAGGCUUCAGAGACAACUAUGAUUCCAUGUACACCGCUUCAGAAAAUGACAGGUUAACUCCAUCUCCCACGGAUUCUCCUAGAUCCCAUCAGAUUGUCCCUGGAGGUCGGUACGGCGUUCAGUCCUUCUUCCCGGAGCCCUUUGUCAACACUUUACCUCAAGCCCGAUAUUAUAAUGGCGAGAGAACCGUGCCACAGACCAAUGGGCUCCUUUCACCCCAACAGAACGAAGAGGUGGUCAACCCUCCCCAGCGGUGGCUUGUCACGCCUGUCCAGCAACCUGGGACCAACAAACUAGACAUCGGUUCCUAUGAGUCUGAAUAUACUUCCAGCACCUUGCUCCCAUAUGGUAUUAAAUCCUUGCCCCUCCAGACGUCCCACGCCCUGGGCUAUUACCCUGACCCAACCUUCCCUGCCAUGGCAGGGUGGGGAGGUCGAGGCUCUUACCAGAGGAAGAUGGCUGCUGGACUCCCAUGGACCUCCAGAACAAGCCCCACUGUGUUCUCUGAGGAUCAGCUCUCCAAGGAGAAAGUCAAAGAAGAAAUCAGCUCUUCUUGGAUAGAGACCCCCCCUUCCAUCAAGUCUUUGGAUUCCAACGAUUCGGGGGUAUACACCAGUGCUUGUAAGCGCCGGCGGCUGUCUCCCAGCACCUCUAGUAAUGAAAAUUCUCCCUCCAUAAAGUGUGAGGACAUUAACGCUGAAGAGUACAGUAAAGACACCUCAAAAGGCAUGGGGGGGUAUUAUGCUUUUUACCCAACUCCCUAAAGAGUUAUUUUAACUACGUCAAAAUGAGCUAACUUUUUGCAGAUGGACUUGGUGGUGUUUUUUGUUGUCUUCUUUGCCUAGGUUUGCCAAAAAGACGUUUGCAUUCCACCUUGAUGCAUCCCGUUUUGUGCAAUCCUCUAAAAGAAGGUGCCAAAGCUUUUUAAUUGCUGCAGGUAACUGAAACAAGCCUCGCAUUUUUUUGUUUUUUAAAUAAAAUUAAUGAAGGACUUUAAAGCGUUUUAAAAAUUUGAAGGUUAUUCAAGGUUCUGGAUUUAUUUAUUGGAGGCACUAAACAUUCAGAGAAUCGGGCUGUGAAGAUUCGGAGUGCUGAGCGCUAGCCAAUGAGUUGAAAGAUCUGGUUCUCAUUCCUAUGUGUAAAUCUGUAAGCAGAGAGAAUCCCGGAGUGGCAAGGUGUUUUGCUUCUGGAAGAGAAGGGCUGGGCCUUAAGCUUCAACAGGGGACUUUUUGCUGUUACUUUCUGCUAGGGACAAAAGAUAGCUAGGCCUGGGAGGUGAGAAAAACCUUACGUGAAGGUGCUGGCUUUACCUGACUUUGAUUCCUCCUAGGCUUUCGAAGCAAGCCAUGUUUGGCCCUAGUUCAGGACUGUGUCACAGGCUAGGCCUCUGCUGUGGGCUGGGGUGGCUAGUAGGACUCAGGAGAAGGGGGUGGGGAAGGGAGUGGCCAAAAAAGAAAAUAAGAGAGAGAAUUUUAAAGUGUACAGUUUUGUGUGUGCUUAGAUACACUGUAGAAUACCGUGGGAUAUAUUGUACAAAUAGUCUCCUUACGUGUCUGAGAUGAUGAAAAUUGGUGCUUUGGCUUUGUCAAGAAUUCACAGAUCACCUGACAGCAGGGCUUGGGGGGGGAUAGGUUCUCUCAUCAUCCCGGAUAUUGGGGAAUAUUCUGUUUACUUCUUAGAUAGUUAAGAAUGUAUUCAGCUACAAUGUACUAACUUGAAACAUGUGUAAGGAAAACUCCCCUAUUUCACCCUCUUUCUUUGCCAUCCCCACUACCCAGCUCGGUAAUGUGAAGAAACUAAAACCUGAUGCCACAGCUCCUAUAGGCUUUUUAGAGAUCUUGGAUUUUUAUGUACAGUCUUAGUCAUUUUUAAUAAAUGUGGUUCAUUAAGGGAAC